AUGAACCCCACGGAAGCGGCCGAGGAGGCGCCCAGCGACCCCGACACUGAUGCCUUCUACAAAACAGGGUCACUGAGGACUGAAGGCAUCAAGGCGUCGGACGUCCUUCCUGUGUUAAAGGAGAAAGUAGCCUUCGUGUCAGGCGGGCGAGAUAAAAGAGGCGGACCCAUCCUGACAGUUCCUGCCCGGAGCAACCACGACCGAAUAAAACAGGAGGACCUGAGGAGGCUGGUGACCUACCUUUCUACUGUCCCCAGCGAGGAUGUGUGUAAACGUGGUUUUACCGUCAUCAUCGACAUGCGCGGCUCCAAGUGGGAGCUGAUCAAGCCUCUGCUGAAGACGCUGCAGGAGUUCUUCCCGGCCGAGAUCUGCGUGGCGCUCAUCAUCAAGCCGGACAACUUCUGGCAGAAACAGAAGACGAACUUCGGCAGUGCGAAGUUCUCCUUCGAGACCAGCAUGGUGUCAGUUGAAGGCCUGGCCAAACUGGUGGACCCCUCCCAGCUGACGGACGACUUUGAAGGCUCUCUGGACUACAACCACGAGGAGUGGAUGGAGCUGAGAGUCUCUCUGGAGGAGUUCAUGUCCAAUGCGGUUCACCUUCUGUCCAGACUGGAAGACCUGCAGGAGCUUCAGUCCAAGAAGGAGUUUCCUGCAGAUGUGGAGGGAUCUCGUCGGUUAAUAGAUGAGCACACACAGCUGAAGAAAAAGGUGUUGAAGGCACCGGUGGAGGAGUUGGACCGGGAAGGCCAGAGGUUGCUGCAGUGUAUCCGAUCUAGUGAAGGGUUUUCAGGGAGGAACUGCAUCUCAGGCUCUGCUGACUUCCAGAGCUUGGUGCCCAAGGUGGCCAGCCUGCUGGAUAAGCUUCACUCCACGAGGCAGCAUCUCCAUCAGAUGUGGCACGUCAGGAAGCUGAAGCUGGACCAGUGCUUCCAGCUCCGUCUGUUCGAACAGGACGCCGAGAAGAUGUUUGACUGGAUCAGCCACAACAAGGAACUGUUCCUGCAGAGUCACACGGAGAUCGGCCGAGGCUACCAGCACGCCGUGGAGCUGCAGACGCAACACAACCACUUUGCCAUGAACUCCAUGAACGCCUACGUGAACAUCAACAGAAUCAUGUCGGUGGCGAGCCGCCUGGCGGAGGCCGGCCACUACGCCUCCACCCAGAUCAAGCAGAUCUCCAGUCAGCUGGACCUGGACUGGAAGGGCUUCGCCGCCGCUCUGGACGAGCGCUCCACCAUCCUCGCCAUGUCGUCCGUCUUCCACCAGAAGGCCGAACAGUUCCUGUCGGAGGUGGAGGCCUGGUGCAAGGUCUGCAACGAGGGGGGGCUGCCGUCGGAGAUGCAGGAGCUGGAGAUCGCCAUCCACCGCCACCAGAGCCUGUACGAGCAGGUCACCCAGGCCUACACCGAGGUGAGUCAGGACGGUAAAGCCCUGCUGGACGUCCUCCAGAGGCCGUUGAGUCCCGGCAACUCCGAGUCGCUGACGGCCACCGCUAAUUACUCCAAAGCGGUUCACUGCAUCCUGGACGUGGUUCACGAGAUCCUCCACCAUCAGCGGCGGCUGGAGAACAUCUGGCAGCAUCGGAAGGUCCGACUGCACCAGAGGCUGCAGCUGUGUGUGUUCCAGCAGGACGUCCAGCAGGUGAUGGACUGGAUCGAGAACCACGGCGAGGCUUUCCUCAGCAAACACACCGGGGUCGGGAAGUCCCUCCACCGAGCCCGAGCCCUGCAGAAGAGACACGACGACUUCGAGGACGUGGCUCAGAACACGUACACGAACGCAGACAAGCUGCUGGAGGCGGCGGAGCAGCUGGCGCAGACGGGCGAGUGCGACCCCGAGGAGAUCUACAAGGCGGCCCGGCACCUGGAGGUCCGGAUCCAGGACUUCGUCCGCCGGGUCGAACACCGGAAGCUGCUGCUCGACAUGUCCGUCUCCUUCUACACACACACCAAGGAGCUGUGGUCGUGGAUGGAGGAGCUCCAGAAGCAGCUGUUGGACGAGGUCCUGUGUGACUCGGUGGACUCGGUCCAGACCCUGAUCCAGCAGUUCCAGCAGCAGCAGACGGCGACGCUGGAGGCCACGCUGAACGUGAUCAAGGAGGGCGAGGACCUGAUGCAGCAGCUCAGAGAUGCAGCCAUGUCGACCAAUAAGACGCCUCACUGCAGUUCCAUCGCGCACAUCCAGGGGGUGCUGCAGCAGCUGGACGAGGCCCAGGGCCAGAUGGAGGAGCUGUUCCACGAACGCAAAAUCAAGCUGGACAUCUUCCUCCAGCUGCGCAUAUUCGAGCAGUACACCAUAGAGGUCACGGCGGAGUUGGACGCCUGGAACGAGGAUCUGUCUCGUCAGCUGAGCGACGUCGGCCGCUCGGGCAGCUGCAGCAGCAGCGGUAGCGGCGGCGGCGGCGGCGUUGGGGGCGGAGCCUCCUCCUCCUCCGGCGGCUCGGAGGACAUCGGCCUGGCGGAGCAGCGGCUGAAGCGUCACGCGGAGAGGAAGGCCGCCAUGAACAACAUGACCUACGAAGUGAUGCAGCAGGGUCAAGACCUGCACCAGUACAUCAUGGAGGUCCAGGCUUCAGGCAUCGAGCUGACGGGGGAGAAGGACAUGGACUUGGCCUCCCAGGUCCAGGAGCUGUUGGAGUUCCUCCACGAGAAGCAGCAGGAGGUGGAGCUCAACGCGCAGCACACGCACGCGCGGCUGGAGCAGAUCCUGCAGCUGCGCCACCUGCAGGCCGAGGUCAAACAGGUGUUGGGUUGGAUCCGUAACGGGGAUUCCAUGUUGAACGCCAGCAUGGUGAACGCCAGCUCUCUGUCUGAGGCCGAGCAGCUGCAGAGGGAGCAUGAGCAGUUCCAGAUGGCCAUAGAGUCUCUCUUCCACGCUAACUCCCUCCAGAAGACUCACCAGAGCGCUUUGCAGGUCCAGCAAAAAGCCGAGAUGAUGCUCCAGGCGGGUCACUACGAUCCAGAGGCCAUCAGGGGCUGCGCUGAGAAGGUGGCGGUCCACUGGCAGCAGCUGAUGCUGAAGAUGGAGGACCGCCUGAAGCUCGUCAACGCCUCCGUGGCCUUCUACAAGACGUCCGAACAGGUGUGCAGCGUGUUGGAGAGCCUGGAGCAGGAGUACCGCCGCGACGAGGACUGGUGCGGCGGCCACGAGAAGCUCGGGCUGUCGGCCGACUGCGAGCACCUCCUGCCCCUGAUCAGCAAACACCUGGAGCAGAAAGAAGCCUUCCUCAAGGCGUGCACUCUGGCCCGGAGGAACGCCGAGGUGUUCCUGAAGUACAUCCACAGGAACAACGUGAGCAUGCCGGGGGCCGCCGGCCACACCAGGGGGCCCGAACAACAGGUCAAAGCCAUUUUGAACGAGCUGCUGCAGAGAGAAAACAGAGUCCUUCACUUCUGGACCUUAAAGAAACGGAGGCUGGACCAGUGUCAGCAGUACUUGGUGUUUGAGCGCAGUGCCAAACAGGCGUUGGAUUGGAUCCAAGAGUCAGGUGAAGUGUACCUGGCCACACACACGUCACCCGGUGAAAGCGGCGAGGAAACUCAGCGGCUCCUCAACGACUACCGUCACUUCAGACACACUGCCAAGCAAACCAAGGACAAGGUGAAGCUGCUGAUCCAAUUGGCUGACAGCCUGGUGGAGAAAGGCCACGCCCACGUGUCGGAGCUGAAGCGCUGGGUCAGCACGGUGGACCGCCGGUACCGCGACUUCUCGCUGCGCAUGGGCAAAUACCAGGAGAGCCUGGAGAGGAGCCUGGGCGUCGGCUACGAGGGCAAUAAAGACCUGGAGUUGGACAUCAUCCCCGCCAGCCUGACGGACGACCCCGAGGUCAAGCUGCGCGACCCCAACCCCGAGGUCAACGAGGAAAAGAGGAAGUCGGCCAGGAAGAAAGAGUUCAUCAUGGCGGAGCUGCUGCAGACGGAGAAGACGUACGUCAGAGACCUCCAAGAGUGUCUCGAGACCUACCUGUGUGAGAUGACCAACGGCGUGGAGGAGAUCCCUGCCGGCAUCGCCAACAAGGAGCUCAUCAUCUUCGGCAACAUGCAGGACAUCUGGGACUUCCACAGCAAUAUUUUCCUGAAGGAGCUGGUGAACUACGAGCAGCUGCCGGAGGACGUCGGCCACUGCUUCGUCACCUGGGCCGAUAAGUUCCACAUUUACGUGGAUUACUGCAAGAACAAACCGGACUCCAGCCAGCUGAUCCUGGAGCACGCCGGCAGCUUCUUCGACGACAUUCAGCAGAAACGUGGACUGGCUAACUCCAUCUCCUCCUACCUCAUCAAACCGGUCCAGAGGAUCACCAAGUACCAACUACUGCUUAAGGAGCUGCUGUCCUGUUGCGAGGAGGGUAAAGGGGAGAUUAAAGACGGCCUGGAUGUGAUGCUCAGUGUUCCCAAGAGAGCUAACGAUGCCAUGCACCUCGCCAUGAUGGAGGGCUUUGAGGAAAACCUGGAGGUGCAGGGCGAGCUGAUCCUGCAGGACAGCUUCCAGGUUUGGGAUCCACGCUCGCUGAUCAGGAAGGGGCGGGACCGACACCUCUUCCUGUUCGAGUUCUCCCUGGUCUUCAGCAAGGAGAUCAAAGACUCGGCCGGCAGGACCAAGUACCAGUACAAGAACAAACUACUGACGUCGGAGUUGGGCGUGACCGAGCACAUCGAGGGCGACCCGUGCAAGUUCGCUCUGUGGGCGGGGAGAACGCCGUCCUCUGAUAAUAAAACGGUGCUGAAGGCGUCCAACAUGGAGGCCAAACAGGAGUGGAUUAAGAACAUCAGGGAGGUGAUCCAGGAGAGGAUGACUCACCUGAAGGGAGCGCUCAAGGAGCCGCUUCAUACGCCCAAAACACCGGCGCCGAGCAGACCCAGGAACAACACAAAGAGGGACGGCGGUGACGACGGAGACAGCCAGGGAGACGGCAGCAGCCAACCGGACACCGUCUCCAUCGCGUCCAGGACGUCCCAGAACACCGUCGACAGCGACAAGCUCUCUGGCGGGUGCGAGUUGACCGUCGUCCUCCAGGACUUCACAGCGGGAUGCAGCACGGAGAUGUCCGUCAGCACCGGCCAGACGGUGGAGCUGUUGGAGCGGCCGAGCGAGCGGCCCGGUUGGUGUCUGGUCCGGACCACCGAACGCAGCCCGCCGCAGGAGGGUCUGGUUCCCAGCGCCGCGCUCUGCGUGUCCCACUCGCGCUCCAGCGUGGAGAUGGACUGCUUCUUCGGCUCGGGGAAAGAAAACUACCCGGUUAGCGGCUCCGACGGAAAGACGGAGUCCGUGACGAACCUCCAGCCGCAGCCGUCGCUCAGCUCGCUGCAGUCCAGCUCUCCCGGACCGAAGCGCUCCGGAAACACUCUCAGGAAGUGGCUCACCAGCCCCGUCCGCCGCCUCAGCCACGGCAGCUCCGUCAAGAAACUGCCCAACAAGAAGAAGACGGGAACAGGAAGAGAGGAAAGCAGGAAGAGUAUUGACCUGGGACAGCCGGACCCUAACCUGCAGGAUGACAUCAUCGAUGAGCGAUUCCACAGUAAGGUCGGUAGUUCCCUCUCCAAGGCCCCGGUCUCUGGGAUGCAGAGCGGCGGGGAGGAGGAGCCGGACGAGGAGGUCCACACCCCUCUGCCUCCCCCCAUGGAGAUCAUCAAGGACUCCUCGGCUCAGGACGACAAGUCUUCAUCCUUGCUAACGUCUCUGCAGUCGUCCUCUGAGGUGCCCAGCGCCGCAGAGCUGGUUAGCGCCAUAGAAAAACUGGUUAAAACCAAGAUGCCUCUGGAACCAGGAGCGUACCCCGGCUUCUCGCCGCCGGAGCAAACCACUCCCGUCCAGCCACGGAACCCCGAACUGGAGCAGAGGGCCAAAGCAAUGAGGGGACGGAUGUUUGUCCUCAACGAGCUGAUCCAGACGGAGAAGGACUACGUCAAAGACCUGGGCAUCGUGGUGGAGAACUUCAUGAAGAAGGUGGAGGAGAAGGGCGUCCCCGACGACAUGAAGGGAAAGGACAAAAUCGUCUUCGGGAACAUCCACCAGAUCUACGACUGGCACCGAGAAUUCUUCGUUGGCGAGCUGGAGAAAUGUCUGGAAGACCACGAGCACCUUCCUGAGCUCUUCAUCAAGCAUGAGAGAAGACUCCACAUGUAUGUGGUUUAUUGUCAGAAUAAGCCCAAGUCAGAGUUCAUUGUGGCUGAAUACGACACCUAUUUUGAAGGAAUCCAGCAGGACACCCAGUCCAGGUUGACCAUCAGCGACUUCCUCAUCAAACCCAUCCAGAGAAUCACCAAAUACCAGCUGCUGCUGAAGGACUUCCUGAAGUACAGCUCCAAGGCCGGGAUCGACUGCGAACAGAUCGAGAAAGCAGUGGAUCUGAUGUCUCAGGUUCCUAAACUGUGCAACGACAUGAUGAACUUGGGUCGGCUGCAGGGAUACGAGGGUAAACUCACCUGCCAGGGCAAACUGCUGCAGCAGGAGACCUUCUUUGUAACCGAGCAGGACACCGGCGUCCUGUCGCGCUCCAAAGAACGCCGGGUCUUCCUCUUUGAGCAGAUCGUCAUCCUCAGUGAGCUGCUCAGGAAAGGCUCGUCCACGCCCGGGUACCAGUUCAAGAAGAGCAUCAAGGUAUCCUACCUCGGUCUGGAGGAGAGCGCGGACAACGAUCCCUGUAAGUUCGUCUUGUCGUGUCGCGGCUCAUCGGAGCGCUUCACGCUGCAGGCCGCCAACGUCGACAUCAAGCAGGUCUGGGUCCGACACAUCCAGGACGUCCUGGACGCUCAGAGCAACUUCCUGUCUGCUCUGCAGUCUCCCAUCGAGUACCAGAAGGAGAAGGGCGGAGCGGGCAGCAGCUCCUCGCUGACCAGGAACAGCUCGUCCUCGGGGAACCGGGCGUCCGCGACGCCUCAGGGCCGCCCGUCCUCGGCGAUCGGGCUCGUGGACAAGGAGGUGGAGCGAGGGAGGACCCAGAUGAGGCUGUCGACCUCCAACGGCGGGUCCAGGGACUUCGACGGCGGCUGCAACGGCUUCUCCUCCACCAUGUUGGUGUCCGAGGACUACUCGGCGCUCAAGGAGAACGAGAUCUGCGUCAGCCAGGGAGAGACGGUCCAGAUCCUGGCCACCAAUCAGCAGAACAUGUACCUCGUUUACCGGCCGGCCAACAGCCAGUCGCCGGCCGCCGAGGGCUGGGUGCCGGGACACAUCCUGGGCCCGCUCACCAAGCCCAUAAAAGACUCUUCGUCCACUUCCUCCUUCUCGGCGGCGGUGGCCGAUGCCAACAACAUCAAGAAGUCUCUGUCGUGGAACACGCUGCGCGCCCGGAAGCGCGCCGAAGCCAAGGACGCCUCCUUGUUGGGGGUCAGGGGUCCGGAGAACGGCCUCCUGCGUAAGCCCAAAGAAAGCACGCCCCCUCCCCCGCUCGCCUCCCCGGCCGCCCGGCCGAAGGCCAAAGACGUUCACACUUCAGAUGAGUCGGACUGUGAUGACGACCUUGACCCCAAAACAGGCAUGGAGCUUCUCAACCCAAAUUUCAUCCAGGAAGUGGCUCCAGAGUUCCUCGUCGCUCUGUCGGACGUGGUGUGUGCGUUCGGGGAGACCGUGGUCCUCUGCUGUAAAGUGUGUGGACGACCCAAACCCUCCGUCACCUUGAAGGGCCCCGACCAGAACCCCGUGACCAGCAACAACCGCUUCACCAUCGACAUCAGGGACACGGGCGACAUCUUGUUGAAGAUCUGCAAUCUGAUGCCUCAGGACACCGGCAUCUACACCUGCGUAGCCGUUAACGACCACGGCUCCGCCUCCUCCUCCGCCUCCAUUAAAGUGCAAGGUAUCCCAGCAUCCCCUGGGAGGCCGGUGGCCCAGGAGGCCAGCAGCACGGCGGUGAUGAUCCACUGGUCGCCUCCGGCUUCAUCCGCUCACUGUGCCGUCAGCAGCUACACUGUGGAGUACCGACAGGAAGACUCGCUGCUCUGGCAGCAGGUGGCCAGCAGCAGAGAGGAGUGUGUUCAGGUCGACGCUCUGAUCCCCGGAGGUCACUAUCAGUUCAGAGUGAGAGCCUCCAACCGCUGGGGGGUCGGCCCGCCAUCCGAGCCCUCAAAUAUGAUCACGCUGCCCAGCACCAACUCUGGGUACGAUGGAACUGGGAUCCAGUGGAAAGAGAACUUUGAGUCGACCUUCUCCGAGAUCUGUGAGAUUGGAAGGGGGCGGUUUUCAGUGGUGAGAAAAUGUCUCAACAAGUCUACAAAGAAAGAGGUUGCGGUGAAGUUUGUGAGUAAGAAGAUGCAGAAGAAGGAGCAGGUGGCUCAUGAGGCGGACGUCCUCCAACACGUACAGCAUCACCAGCUGGUGGCGCUGUUGGACACCUACGAGUCUCCCACCUCUCUGAUGCUGAUCCUGGAGCAGCUGGAGGAUGGUCGUUUACUCGAUUACCUCGUCGCCCACGAUGAGCUGAUGGAGGAGAAGGUGGCGUUCUUCAUCAGAGAGACACUCGAGGCCCUGCAGCACCUUCAUACCUGCAGAGUGGUUCACCUGGAUCUGAAGCCUGAGAACAUCAUGGUGGACCUCCACUCUCCCACCCCGGGCAUCAAGCUCAUCGACCUCGGCGACGCCGUGCAGCUGUCCGCCCACCGCCGGUACGUCCACCUCCUGCUCGGGAACCCGGAGUUCGCCGCGCCCGAGCUCAUCCGCGGGACGCCGGUCUCCGUCGCCACGGACGUGUGGAGCGUCGGCGUGCUGGCCUACGUGGCGCUCAGCGGCGUGUCCCCGUUCCUGGACGAGUCGCCGGAGGAGACCUGCGUCAACAUCUGCCGCCUGGACUUCUGCUUCCCGGACGAGUACUUCCGCGACGUGAGCCAGGCGGCGAGGGACUUCGUGUCCUCGGCGCUGCAGCAGGAUCCCAGGAAGAGGCCGAGCGCUACUUCCUGCCUGCAGCACCCGUGGGUGGGCCGCGGGGGUGCGCACGGCGGGGAGUACUCCAAGAAGCCGCUGGACACGACGCGAUUGGCCACAUUUAUUGACCGACGGAGACAGCUGCAUGACGUGCGGCCCGUCACUAACAUCAAAGGGCUGGUGAGCAGCAGCUUGGGCAACACGCUGUGACGGACAGGAGCUCCGAGUGUCACCCACAACAACACUGCUGUGUAUUAUAAGCAUUUAAUGAUCUUUAGUAUUUAUUAAUGUGUGAGUGGGGAAGGGAUCUACGUCUUCAUAAAGGACCACGAGGCCACUCUGUCGACCACUAAACUUAAAAGCAGAAGAAAUAAUUAAAAUUCAUGAUUGUUUGAUAUUUAAUUGCAGACUAACACAUUCAUUUGAUCUUUUGUUCCCCCGGUAACAACCAUUAGAUGUGAAGCAGGGCCCCAUAAGCAGCCUAGAACCCCCAUGAGAACCCAAAGAACCUCAAAGUUGAGGAAAUUAGCAUUUAGAAAAACACACUGUGAGCGGGCUUAAUGUCAACAUAUUAGUUUAUAUUUGUAAUGUUUAUUUUUUCAGGGACAGAUGUUAUAUUGGAGGCAGGAGACCAUUGUGUUAAAGGGGGGGUAGUUUCAUUCGGCCUGUUGCUCAGGGGCUCUGGGGCAACUGUCCCACGCUCUGCUAACAUGUUGUAGCCAACGCGUCUGAACAUAUUUUUAAAAAAAAAGCUUUUCGUGACACUUUGAGCCCACAGGAGUACAAAAAUGGUAAAAUCGCUAAAAGCAAAACCGCCAACGAUGUCUUCGAUCUGAUUUUGUGUCACGAGAAACUCCCACGGAGGAUUUAAAGCUGCAGUGUGCAGGUCAUGGCGCCAUCUAGAGGCGAGGUCGCAGAUUGUAACCAACUGAAAGCGGGCGUGUCGGAGAACUACCGUGGCAUGCUAAAGUUUGGUUUGGCCUUUCUGGGCUUCCGUAGGAAAAAAACACAGCGGACUUAGUGGUCUUUUAUGCAGAUAUAUAUAUUUUAAAAAAAAGGCUAUUUCUCUGGUAACAAAUGCAUAACAAUUGGUAGUUUCAGGUGAUUAUACACAAGAGUAAACAUACUUAUAUCUAUAUUCUAUUUCUGCAAACGGAUAAACGUAAAUGCAACAAAAUGUUCUAAACUGGUUGAAAAGGAAUCUGAUGGAGUUGGUAAACGGCGGCUUAGUUGGGGUUCUUUUCCUGAGGUCGAUGUUUCGCUAAAGAUCGCUUUGACUUUUUUUUUGUUGAGAAAACUUCCCGAAUGAAAUCCGGGUGCAACGAGCAGGUUUUCCCCUCGAUGGCGUGGAUGUUACUCGUAUCGAUGCUCAUGAAUGUUCUUACGGUCCACAUCUCCGCUAACGUUCAUUCUACGUUCUCCUCGUUUGUCCAAGUCUCUCGUGGGAAAUCCUCUCAACAAAAGUAAUUAUUUAAUAAAGAUUUAAGCAUAACGGAACCCCCCCUCCCCCCACGCAUGUUAACAACUGUGGCUGAUUUUAAACCACCAACACUGGAAAGCUCCUUGGAAAAGACUGGUACGCAACAGCGUCGAACCUCGCUGCGAUAUACCUUUUUUAAAAUGUAUUUAUUAUCAUAUGUUUAUUUAUUUCAGGACUUGUGUUGGGUUUGAAAUGUUCGCCGUUUGCCCCGGAGCGACCCGGCCUACCCGCUGAAGUCGCUAAACAGCUGCUGGACUGUGCAGCGGCGGAGUUUACGCCGUGAAUAGUGUUGUGAGUUUACAUCCAAGUCACCGACGGAUAGAAAGCUGAACUGUUGCCGUCAUGAACCACAACGAACUGCAGUUGAGUGGGAAAAGACACAAAGAAAUCACGGAUUAACCUCGGAGAGCAAGACGAUGGACUACACGGGAACACUACAAUUUGAUUGUUUCA